UCUUUGCUCAGUACGUUUAUAUAGUCCGUAUCUUUCUUUGUUGAUACAGCUGAGAGAACAAUUCAAGUUAAGCUAGCGAGCUAUCAUGGCACCGCCUCAGCGUCGGAAUGAAAACAUCAAUGAUAAAAGAGAUUCUCUGUGCAUCACUUUCCUCGUCGCCAUCGUAUGCGCAGGAUUUGUGACGUAUACUGUAGCCAGCUUACUCAAAGUCCGCAAAUACACCGGCGACUACCCCAUCUUCACCCUGCAAAAAGCCGCGGUACACAACCUCAACCUCACCGCCAUUACCGGAGCGGACUCCUCUUUUCUCCUAGACACGAGCAUAAACAUCACGCUGCUCUACCAAAACCCAAACGGCCACGUGGCAAUCUCCUAUGACCGUCUCGCCGUCAACACCUUGUAUUUGGGCGAGCCCGUUACUGUUCCGAUCAUUCUUCCUCCGUCAGUUCAGCCCCCAAAGAAUGCCAACUCUUUAUCGGCAUUCUUGAACGGACAUUCUGCUCCGGUGGGUGGGGCGGGCUUGGAAAAGAUGCCGCUCAUUCCGAUCAACAUCACGGUCGAGGGCUGGGUUACUUGGGACUCUAGCUACCUUUCGAAGGAAGGAAAACUGCAUGUCAUUUGCCCAUGCUAUCUUCGGUCGGGUUACGCCGGGGACUAUAAUUUACGCCAGAGUUGCACGGUUGACCUCGAUCAGCAUGCCUUGAAGACGACUUAAUUAAUCCACUAUACGGAGUAUAUAUAUAAUUAAUCAUUACUAAUUAAAUAUUAUUGUGUUUUAUACGGAGUACUAUUAAUUACUACUAUAUACAUGCAUACAUACGUACUCCGUAUUAUUAAUUAGCUAAUAGAUCGAUGCAUCACGCAUGUAGUUGAUAACUCAUACUCCAUAAUACUUCGAAUAUGUGGUGUAUAAUUAUGCAAUGGAGUAUGUUUUACGUAGUAUUAAUUAAUGAAGUAAUUACGUAGUAUUAAAUAUAAGUGUGUAUGCAUGUCUUCAAGCAUUGAUAAAUGUCUUUGCUCUUA